CCUGUCGCCUGGUCUUUGGGACAGCCUCUCACUCAACAUCUCCAUAGCCCUCACCAACUGGGAAACUAACUCAACUGCAACCUCUCCAACCAAAUAACGCUCAACGUUAGAUCACUGCCAACUGACAUGGAAACCCAGAAAAGACACGAACACCACUCAGUUUGCCACACCUGCCGGAGAACGGAAAACACAAGAAUGAAGGUCAAGAUGAUGUCUUCGUCAAAUCGAGUGCUGGUCAUUGCGCUGGCACUUACUCUGUACAUCGUUGAAGUGGCCACGGCGGAGACGCUAUGUGGAGGAGAGCUGGUGGACGCGCUGCAGUUCGUCUGUGAAGAUAGAGGAUUCUAUUUCAGUAGGCCAACCAGCAGGUCUAACAGCAGACGCUCCCAGAACCGCGGUAUCGUGGAGGAGUGUUGUUUCCGUAGCUGUGACCUCAACCUGUUGGAGCAGUACUGUGCCAAACCUGCCAAGUCAGAGAGGGACGUGUCGGCCACCUCUAUACAGAUCAUUCCCAUGGUGCCCACACUCAAACAGGAUGUCCCAAGAAAACAUGUGACUGUGAAGUAUUCCAAAUAUGAGGUGUGGCAGAGGAAGGCUGCUCAGCGGCUCCGGAGGGGCGUCCCGGCCAUCCUCAGGGCCCGGAAGUUCCGGAGGCAGGCGGUGAAGAUCAAGGCCCAAGAGCAGGCGAUGUUCCACCGGCCUCUGAUCACCCUGCCCAGCAAGCUUCCCCCAGUCCUGCCCCCCACGGACAACUACGUCAGCCACAAUUGAGCCUCCUCACCAGCAACCCAACUCCCCCAUCAAAAGCCCUUUGCACAGACAACGAGUUUGGAGGGAGAUGAAGAAAAAAAAAGACUAGGGGAUUAUAGCUUUGUCUCUGACGUCAUUUCUGUGGCAAGUCCUCGUUUGACCUCUCCCCCCACCCAGCCCACCCCCAAAUCCCGUCCGAGCCC